GCCAGUCAGGUUGUGGUGGACACGGAACGGCACGAAGCCCAGAGCGGAGCGCAUCACUGAGAGUACACCGCGGCAACGAGGGUCAGAAAGACACACUGAAGGGGAAGCCUUCAGGAUGGGCUGCUCCACGACAUUGGUGCGUCUGGCGAGCCUCUUACUGACAGUGAAACUUUUCAUUCUACUGAGUGGAGCUACACAACCUGAGGGGAGCCUCAACAUGUGGAUAGAUGCUCACCAAGCCAGAAUUUUGAUAGGUUUUGAAGAGGAUAUCCUUAUCGUUUCUGAUGGUAAAAUGGCUCCAUUCACUCAUGAUUUCAGGAAAGCCCAACAGAGAAUGCCAGCGAUCCCAGUCAACAUCCAGGCCAUUAAUUUUACCUGGCAGGCAACAGGACAGGCUUUGUAUUUUUAUGAAUUUCGAUCCCUUCGGUCAUUGGAUAAAGACGUUAUGGGAGAUCCAACAGUAAACAUUCCAUUACGGGCAACAAUCUCUCACAAGGCCACAGUUGUGCAGAUUGGAUUUCCUUGCCUUGGCAGCCAGGAUGGGGUAGCAGCUUUUGAGGUCACAGUGGUCAUUAUGGAUGUGGAAGGGAAUGUUGUUCUUCAAACACCUCAUAAUGCAAUAUUCUUCAAAACUUGUCAAAGAGCUAAAUGUCCAGGGGGCUGUCGCAAUGGAGGUUACUGUACUGACAGACAGUUCUGUGAAUGCCCUGAUGGAUUCUAUGGACCUCAUUGUGAGAAAGCUCUGUGUGUCCCCAGAUGUUUGAAUGGAGGUCUCUGCAUCAGUCCAGGAUUGUGCAUCUGCCCUCCGGGAUAUUUUGGUAUAAAUUGUGAUAAAGCAAACUGCACCACAACCUGUUACAAUGGUGGAACCUGCUUCCAUCCUGCCAAAUGCAUUUGUCCACCAGGUUAUGAAGGGGAUCAAUGUGAAAUAAGUAAAUGUCGACAGCCAUGCAGAAAUGGAGGGAAAUGCACUGGGAGAAACAAAUGCAAAUGCAUUAAGGGUUACCAGGGUGAUUUGUGCUCUAAGCCUGUUUGUGAACCUGACUGUGGACCACAUGGAUCCUGUAUUGAGCCCAACAAAUGUGAAUGCAGGGAAGGCUGGCAUGGAAGACACUGUAACAAGAGAUAUGGAGCCAGCCUAAUGAACACCCUGAGGUCAGCAGGCUUCAAGCACAGACAGCAUACGCCUUUACCUAAGGAGAAUGUUGAGAGUCACAUACCAGCCGAAACUAAUUACAUUUGGUAAAGGAAAACAUCUGAAACCUUUUUACUGUAUGUACAGUUUACGACUCGACUAACCCCACUGAGUACUAAGUUCAAAAAAAGUCUGUAAUGGAAAAACCACUCCUCUGUUUUGCCAUACUAUCUUCAAAACUACACUUAACAUUGGAGCAAAAGCUCUCUAACAAUGAAAAUAUUCUUUUCAUUUUCUGCAUUUUAACAGAAUCACUGUACAUUUUUGAAAUAUUUUAAUAUUUACACUAAUGAAUUUAAAUUAAUGAACUUUUAGACAAUAGCUACAUUUGAUGCAGCAAUAAACAUCAAACAGGUAUUAUUUAUACACAGCAUCUAUUACUUAUUGAAGCCAAGGUAGCUGGUGCACUAAGAAGGGGUGCCAGUAUAUAUAUUUUAAAUAUGUAUAUACAUAUUUGUGCACAAUACAUAAUGAACAAAUUAAAUAUUCAAAAUAUCUUUAAUUUACAUCAACAUUGAUAUUGCCGAGAGAUCAAAGGCCACUUAAAGUCAGUUCUAGAGUAAUAUUAACUAGUUCUGCAAGCCUUCCAAUAGAUAACAGACCUGUUUUUCCACUCUAUUCUGUAGCCUGAUAGGUUUCAUUACAAGUAAUGUAACCUACAGUCUAGGCUUUUUUGCUUUCUGGUGAACAUCUGCAAAUACAUUUCUCUGGAACUGGUUGCAAGUGAAGGUGGACUCUAAUAUAUCACCAAAACUUUUAAAUAAAGCUGUUACAUGACAAUG